AAAGACAAAAAGAUCGCAAAGACAUUUUACAAUCACAUUGAAACUCAAAGAAUGGUCUCUUGACUUCAAAUUCUUACAAAUUCAGUUUGGAUCUAGAGAGUACAAUUUCAUUUUCAAGUGAGAGACGACAAGGGGCCUUUCUACCGCAAGCGAGCCCUUAUCUCCAACCGGAUUGUCAUAUACGGUUCCACAAAGCCGCAUCAUUCAAGUUGCUCGUAUGUUGUUAUCGAUUGGUAUUUACCUGACCCAGUGAUGCACAAACGGGCAGGAAUUAUGUCAGAGCCCCUGAAUUGCUGUUAGUUACAAUGAAACAGGAAUAUUCAUCCGAUGAAGUCUGUUAUUAAAGAAGACGACUCUUUGGCGAGCCUGUUUUCUUCAUUUGAUGUUGUUUCAUUGACCUCUCAUCAAUGCUCCUUCUCCUGUAAAAGAUCUUUGCACGUGGAAAGAACUUAAUCUACUUUCUAGAGAUACCAUAAAGAUCAAAAUGGAGUUUCAUCAUUAUUGGCUAACUGUAUUUUUCCUUUAUUUUAUCAUUGAAGGCGAAUCAAAGACAAUUCCAACGAACAUUCUCGAAAUGCUGCAAGGAGUAGAAGAUUUCAGUUCAUUUGUUGAUAUCUUUCAAAUGAAGGAUCAACUAACGAACUUUUCAGUCACAAAUCAACGAAGAAGAAACAAUGACGUUGGUGUCGUUGCAAAACUGCAGAAUGAGAAGUGCAAGCCUCGACCUGUUCUUGUCAAAGUUGAUCAGCCCAACCUGGCAACUGCCUUUAGGUAUCCAUUUUAUGUCACUCUGCAUCGAUGCAUGGGAUCUUGUGGAGCAAAUCCCUUUCUUUCAAGGUGUGCAGCAGCUGAAAUCGCUCCACUACAUCUACGUACUGCAGAGGUAAGCUGGAACUCUUCAAAUCAGAUCAUGAAAGCUCCGAAGGUUGUUCUGCUUCCUUUGCAAAACGAGACCAGAUGCGCGUGCGAAUGUAAAAACAAAAUGGAGGCUUGUCAUCAGUUUCAGAUCUGGGAAGAAAACACGUGUCGCUGCGAGUGCACUCAAUUUUGCCCGAGAAAUUACAUUUACUCGGGAGGUCAUGAAUGCUGCAGCUGUCCGAAAAAAUUACGGUGUCCGUGGAAGAAAGCUUGGAAUGCAAAAAAAUGUGCUUGCGAAUGCCGAAAAACAAAGUGCAAGAAUCCUGCCAAAGGAAGAGACCCGAAGACAUGUAAAUGUACAUGCAAUAUCAAGGUGUGUAGAUAUGGCAUUAUGGACCCGAAGUCAUGUCGCUGUGGGAGACGAAACUAUACUAUUUAGAACGUUCUAGCAACCCACAGUAACUACCAUUGCCUAUGACCAAUUAUAAUCCGAUAUGUAAAAUUUAUUCUUAUCAACAUAUCAGAGUAUAUUGAAUGUCCAUAAGAAUAACACACAUGUUUGUAAAAGGGUAUUUUCGAAGUAAUGUAGCUUCUUAAUAGAGAAUUUAUGGCUAUCGAAGAAUUCGAUUAUCUACUUCAUAGAAUAACAAUCAUUUUGAAAUCUUAGAAUGUAUCGUCUUGUAUGUUCAUCAGUUUUUGCAUUACCUGGUGAGUAAUGCAUUUGACAGAUUCACUUGUAUUUCACCAAUCAUCUUAGAUGAUUUACUCUAAGAUAUCCCCUGUUUCUAUCAAAACAACUAAUUGAAAUGGAGAUAAUAGAAUUCUACUGUCAUCAUCCGUCUUAAUCAUUGUUAAUCGUCGAAUAGAUUAUCCUUAAUUAUGGGUAUACGAUAGUGAGAGCAAGUGCAAGGUAUUCUCCAAGGUCAGAAGUGCCGGAUUUAACCCAAAUUGGAUCUCAUGCUGCAGUACAAAAGAGCCUAUAAAUGGGCCUCUCCGGCUCUAGGAAAACUCUCCAGGCAGUUUUAACUUGGGCUUAGUUCAGGAAUAGGCCUAAUGCUGCAGCACUAAUAGCACCCAUCUCAAUCCAGCCCAGAUUAUAAGUGCGUAUAUAAUCACUCGGAGUUUCAUAAUUAACAAUUCCGUUUCGACCUAAACUUUUACUGUAAUCCAAGUCUUCAUUAAAUUAGAUUUUGAUACUUCAAAUGUCAGAAUAUGAAGUUUUAUUUUUGUUCCGUCGAAUUUUCGUCAUUCGCAAGUGUGAUUUUUAACGAUGUUUAGCAUGCAUGACUAACGAUUCUUCUAUAAAUAUUUUCUUGUCAACUGUA